ACCCCUGAGCCCCUGUGAGGAAAUCAAAUCACAAAAUGAAUGUCAUAAUGUACCACUGUGGUCUUACAAACAUCUAUACAAGUCUAUAACAAGUCAAACCACUAUAACUAGAGGUGCCCCACACAGGAUAUUUGUAGCCAGUAACAUCUGCUGAAUGCAUGCAAAAAAUGGCUGAUGCUGAUACCAAUCUAUGAACACAGUGUGAUUCAGAAGGACUUCUGAGCUACAACAACUUCAACUAUAGAGCAGCUGCGUUAACUCUUUGCCUGAGAACUUGAAUUUGUUGUUUAUGUGGGCACUGUGCUCAGCUGAGUUUAUCAAAUACGGGAAUUAGGUAGCUCAAAACUUAACAGAGUUGCAAGACUUGCUAAAAUCAGAUUCCAGAAUACAAUUAAACAGCAUUUUGCCCCGACUGAAGUUAGACCUAUGCCUUUAAUUACAUCUGCUGUAGCAGGUCAAACAGUUUUUUUCCCCUCCCACAGAGUCCUUUGUCAGAUUGAGCAACUCACAGCAAAAAUCAAUGCUGCUGUAUAGGCCAUGUAUGAGAAAGGGUUAGGCCUGCGCAAAGCGAGAGGCAACAUCAAGCCCACACACUAUCUUUGGCCUCAGCUAAAAGAAGAGUUUGCAACUCUUGCAUGAAUACAAUCUAAAAGACUGAGGCCUUUGCUCAAACGUUGGUUUGAGCUAUCUGUUUUUGGUUAAAAAAAAAAAUUACUUUCUUCACCAAAACUGGUCAUUAGGCAAUUAUUAUUAUUAUUUUUUUUUAAACUUUCGCCUGAGUCUGAUAUUUAUAUAUUUCAACAAACUAGUUUGACUUUCUCUACUAUAACCUCAUUUAAAAUCAUGCAGUAACUGGGAAAUAUGCUCUAAAAUAGCUUGGUAUCAAAACUAAAUUUCUUUUUAGGUACACGUCAAAUACCAUCAGGAAGCCUUUGAACUUUUCUUUGACACCAGUAUAUCUCCCCAAAAAUCUAUAACUUCAUCACUGCAAGUCAACCUUUCCUCAUAACAACUGAUGGCAUCUUAGCAUAUACUUUCAGAGUGCCUGUUUUUGAAAUGAAAUUUAAGGACUUUUAAGACUUUUUAGGGAUCUGCGGAUACCCUGACUUUACUGUAAACUAUACUGGCAAAUAUACUUUAAUUUAUUUUUGAAAACAUGUGCCUAUAUCGGUAUAGGCACUGAAAUCAAAACACCAAUCUUGGUAUCUAAUACUGAGUUGUUGUCGGCAAUGUUUUUGUGUCAUGGUCCUCUCUUGUCUGACAACGUCAAGCUGAGCAGUGAAAGUUUAGUAGUUUACUACACCCACUAACCUGCAUGCAGCCUCACACCCAACAGUAUCCACUACCCAGCAUGCCACAGGCUACAGAACUGACCUCAAUUACUAAGCAACUGGGACAACAGAUUCAACAGUUUCUGCACAAGACGAAAAAUCUUAGAUACACCAAUUUAGACACCACUUCUUUAAAAUUAAAAAUCUGCCCAGAGCCUCUGUAUUGGCACCUAAUACACCAUAUAUAUGGUGCACAAGUCUGUUGCUUUUAUGAAUAACAAAAAGUGAGUUUUAUACAAGAGUAAUCUACUGACUGUUAAAUGCAAACACAUCAAUAAAUACAUUUCUCAUGAGGGGAAAAUAAAUGAGCAAGUGGUGAUAUAUGUGCUAAGACGUUUCUACAUACAGUUUAUUUAUGAUUAGCCACUGUAAAAAGUACCAAUGGCACCUUACAGUAUAACUAGCUAAUGAGUGCACGCAGUACUGGUGGGCCCGGAUGGGAACGAAAGCCUCUAUCCUAAUAAUCAAUCUGUUCAUUUCAAGCACUUCUCGGCAGACAGUACAACGUUCUUGAUGAGAUUUUUUUUAGGGGAAAUACAGUAUAUCUAGUUGUACUAACAUCGCCUUGUCUCACCACCCACACUCCAAUGAUUAACUUAGCUGCACCACCAACUCUUACUCAUCUCUAAAUAUGACUUAAGGUACUAGUAAAUACUUAAAAGCCAACCUGAGAGACUAUACAAAACAGCUUUGUUCAAGAUCCUCGCAAGCUGUCAUAAUUUCAAAUGCUGGAACAGAAAGCUGUUAAAGUGGUGAGCUGUAACGUUUUGACCAAGGUAGCUCGAGUUUGCUAAUAGAGCUAACGUUAGCUGAUACGACUGCAGCAGAUUUCAACACACGGGGAGCAGAGACUAUUCAAUCUGAUACCUGUACACGCCUGCAAUCGCUUCCCGACGUUAGCUGGUAGCCUAUUAGGGGAAAUCUAAUAAUAUGAUGUUAUAGCACGUCAAACUAUCAAUCGAGCUCGGUAACGCAGGAAGUUAGGUUUAGGCCACAGUAGUUAGUGUGCGAGUGUUUGGCCUCAGUGUAGCUUGACAACGUUAGCUUCAUUGAAACAAAUUUGAAAUAGCUAACGUUAACUGGGGAGAAUGCAGUAACGUUAGCAAAUGAAGCGAAGUAAUGUCAGAGAAUAAACGACAAUAUUAACGGACAGCCGUGAACAAGUCCUGACUGUGCCUGUCCCGUUUGGUGGCCGAUCCAAACCAGACAGUGAGGGAUGUGCAGCGAACAGACUGGAUUAUUGCAGAGCAGAACUGGAUCAGCAGCACCUGAGGCAGCUUGAACUUCCUAAGCUGGCUCAGGAAGUACAUCCUCUGCUGGGCCUUUUUGAUGAUUGUGUCAAUGCUGGACGGCCACUUUACUUCCUGUUAUUGUACUGAUAUCAGCUCUAAUGUUCAUCUACUUUUCAACACUGCAGCACAAGUGGGGAUUUUUCUUACCAUUACCUUACCUGCCAUGUAUGCAGGUCGAUAAUAGGGAUGUUACGGUCAAUGUUAUCAGCAGAAACCUUUUCUGCUAUGGUUAUCACAGCCUUCAUCGGCUCAGAAAUGCAGAGCUGUGCAUCCUGUCUGGGACUUAGGUCAGCAGCUUCUGUUAGUCAGACGGUCUGUCAGUAUGAAAUAUACCUGACACUGGAACCAGAGACGUCCUCAGGUGACAGAUACACAGAAGGGAUGAAAAAAGAAUCAGACAUGUUGUUUCUGGUGAUUAUGUUGCUGUGCUGGACUCAAACUGAAGCAGCUUCUGCAGGUGGUUGCAGUGGCGCUCUUGUGAGUAUUUCUGGAGGUAAUAGCGUGCUUCCAGCUGGACAGGGCUUCAAAGUGAGCUGUGAGUUCACAUGUUUAAGUCCCCAACACGUCACACAGCUGUGGAGGGAAAGCAGAAAUGAGGACAGAGUGUCCCUUGUCAAUAUUACCUCCAAUCUUUCCAGUGUGAUCCUGGUCCUGAGUAUCAGCUCUGCUACAAAGGCAGACACUGGUUAUUACUUCUGCAGGACCCAGCCGCCUGAUACAAUCAGCCCCAAAGUCGCGAUUCAGAUAGCAGAUAACGUGACAACAUCUACCCUGACCACACCCAGCACCCCAAGGUGUGACAGCACCCAACAGCACAGCAGCGCAGCAGGUCUGCAGGGGCAGAUUUGGUAUUGGAUUCUGCUGGGAAAAACUGCCAUCCUCCUCCUCCUCAGUUUGGCCUCCCUGGCUGUAAAAUACAAGAGGGGAUGAGAAGAGAAGAGAAGGAUCCAGCUCUCUCUCCACAACAACUCUUUGUUUCUACCAUUCACUUUUAAAACUUCAUUCUAUAUUUUAAUUUCUGCAUUCCGUCCUCAAAUUAAGUAUUUCAUGUCAGUGAAGCAGCUCCAGGAUUCAUCUGUUCUGGAAUAACAGUGUUGAUUUUCUUGCUUCCCUUGAGAAAUGUUUAUGUCCAUUGUAUUGUUUGAUUUGUGUUACAUCAUGUAAAUGGUCUUUUGGCAUAUUCAACUCCUUACACAUGAGUGGUUUAGUUUCUUUUUGGUAUAAAAUAUACUCUGUAACUUGGUAGUGCUAAUACGGAAUGUUGACAACUAAAACUGACUUGUUAAAAAUUGGAAAUACAAUUUGUAUGUUUGUUGUUGUGUAAAGGUGUAUAAUUAUAACAUUGUUUCCCUUAAAAGUAAAUGUCCUGAGGAGUUUACAUGGUAAAAUUACACACAAAUAUACACAUGGUAGUUA